AUGGCCAACAACACUGCCCCCGGUGAUGGGAUCACCGGUGGCUAUACGGGCCAGUCGCUAGGCAUGAAAAUUGCCAUCGCAACCCUCGCCGGCGUCACAUGGUACAACGCAUUCGAACUGGUUAUCCUCAUCUUCGUCACCUUUGCCCAGUAUCGCGGCCUCUACUUCUGGAGCUUAUUUGUCUCCUCGGCCGUUGGAUUAAUCCCAUAUUCGCUUGGCUUUUUGCUCAAGUUCUUCAACCUUACAUCCGCCACUUGGCUGCCGGUCACUUUCCUAACUGUUGGAUGGUGGGCGAUGGUGACCGGCCAGUCCUUCGUUCUAUACUCUCGCUUGCAUCUAGUCCUCGCAAACCAGCGCAUCCUCCAUCGCGUACUUUUCAUGAUCCUCAUCAAUGCGGUCCUGCUACACAUCCCGACCACCGUUCUGACGUACGGCACGAACCUAACACCCGCGGGCGCAACCUUGAACGAUUACAAGACCGCGUAUAACGUGAUGGAAAAGAUUCAAAUGACCGGAUUCUGUCUCCAGGAAUUUAUCAUCUCGGGUCUUUAUAUCUGGGAAACCGUGCGCAUGAUUCGCCUCGACCCGGAUCAAGGCAAGCGCAAGAUUCAAUACCAGCUGCUGAUCAUCAACAUGAUCAUUAUCAUCAUGGACCUGGGUUUACUUGUCGCCGAGUACCGCAAUUACUAUAUCAUGGAGACCAUGCUCAAAGGCGCGGUCUACAGUAUCAAACUGAAGCUCGAAUUCGCCGUCCUCGGAAAACUGAUCCACCUGGUUCACAACCACGUCUGGAAACCCGAAUCCUUCCCCAGUCCCCGCGAUCUCCCCGAUUUCGUCGAUGCGACCCGUGUCACCUCCGACCUCACCCACGCUACACCAGUACAUUCUCAACCUGUCCGUGCCUGGAUGGACGAUGAUAUUUCCAUCGCCAUGUUCGAACACUCGCCCCCAGCUGACCAACCGACUGGCAGCUCGGACACCUCCAAUUCAUGGAGCAGUGACACUCGCAUUCACAACGGAGACUCCCAGACCAAAGACUUCUCCAGCUCACUUCGCCAGUACCAGCGCAAGACUGCCAAACUGGACGAGAAACGUGAGAAGCCUGGGUGA